GUAAGGGCAGGUACACUUUACCACUGCUGUGAAAAACACACACUAACAGAUGGAAGACUUGCGUAUAAAAAAUGUCAACCUGCAAAAAUCUGAGAACCUGGAGAGACACAGGACUGAGGGCUUCAGCAGCUCCAAAGCCCUGGUGGUGCGCAGAGGAGCCUCGUUCAGGAUCAGCCUGCAGCUGGAGGGCCGACCCUUCAACCCCAAGACUGACUCUCUGAGGAUCAGAGUUAUGCUAGACCACCUGUAUGUGAUAAUGCCAGUCACUUUCUCCAAGAAAGUUUCUGCCUCUCACUGGAAAGCCUACAUGGACCCAGCGGACCUGAACCUCCAGAACCCCUCCAUCUUCAUCUCCUCUCCUGCCUCUGCCUCAGUGGGAUGCUACAAGUUUGAGCUGUGUGUGUUCUCUGAAGACCGCCAGGAGAAGCAUGCCUUUGGCAAAUUCAUUCUGCUCUGCAAUCCCUGGUGUCGUGAGGACACAGUCUACAUUCCCUUUGAGGACCUGAGAGAGGAAUACGUCCUGAACGACUCAGGCCUGCUGUUCAUGGGGACAGCUGUGAACCUCGUAUCCAGACCAUGGUCCUUUGAUCAGUAUGAGCCUGGUGUUCUGGAGGCAUGCCUGAAUCUGCUCCAGGUCAGUCCUCAACACCAGAAGAACAGGAGAGUGGACUACCUGAAGCGAAACAACCCAGCCUACAUCAGUCGGGUUGUGUCCGCCAUGAUCAACUGUGAAGACGACCGAGGAGUCCUGAAAGGGAACUGGUCAAGUAACUUCAAACAGGGAGUUCACCCUUCCAUGUGGACGGGGAGCGGGGACAUCUUGAGACAGUGGGCUGAGUCUGGUUGCAGACCAGUCAAGUAUGGACAGUGCUGGGUGUUUGCAGCUGUCAUGUGCACAGUAAUGAGAGUUCUUGGCAUUCCUUCACGUGUCGUCACCAACUUCAACUCUGCUCACGACACCAACGACAACCUGGUGAUCGAGGAGUACUACAGCGAAACAGGGAAGAAGCUCGGACACAGCAAGGACAGCAUAUGGAACUUCCAUGUGUGGGUGGAGUGCUGGAUGACUCGUAAGGAUCAGGGAUCUGGGAUGGAUGGCUGGCAGGUUCUGGAUCCGACCCCUCAGCAGAGGAGUGGAGGAGUGUUCUGCUGUGGCCCAGCUCCAGUCAAAGCCAUCAGGGAUCAGCGUAUCAACCUGCUGUAUGACAUCCCCUUUGUCUAUGCUGAGGUGAACGCAGACGUGCACACGAUCAUUGUGAGCCAGGGUCGCGUGGUCAGCAGGAGCAUAGACACCCAGAGAGUUGGAUCCCUCAUCUGUACCAAAGCUGCUGGCUUCCCCAGACUCCAGAACAUCACAGGAGACUACAAAUACAUCAGAAGUCCGACUUCAACUCUUACAUCAAGAAGCUCCACACUAUCAGAUGACUCAACACUGAGGAGAGCGAGCUCCUCUCAGGGAGUGUUAGUCUUCCUGACUCUGGAUAGAGCUCCAGUUGCUGGAGAGCCCAUCUCCUUCUCAGUCAAAGUCGUGAACAAACACAGUGUUGCCAAGAUGAUGAAGGUGCAUCUGAACGCCCAGGCCAAAGAGUACAACAGCAGCCCCUCAGACACCUUCUGGGAAGCCCAUGGCGUCACACAGCUGGCACCCUUGGAAGUCAAGGUGCUGCAGCAGCAGAUCCUCCCAGCCCAGUAUGAGGAUGUGGUGGGAGACGACCUGAUCAACCUGGCAGUGGUCCUGGAGGACGUGGGGAGUCAUGAGCGGGUCCUGGCCUCAGAGGAGUUCAAUAUCGCCAGCCCACAGCUCAUCAUACAGAUGGCAGAUGCAGACUCCAUUGUUCUUAACAAGGAGCAGACUGCCACAGUGUCCUUCACCAACCCAUUUUCUCACCCAGUGAGUGGAGUACUGACUGUAGCCGGGGCUGGACUGAUCCAGGGCAAGAUUCACUUCAGGAUGCUCCCGCUGCGUCCUGGAGGGAGAGUCCAACAACGCAUCACCUUCAUCCCCAGCAUGGUGGGAACAAAGAUGCUGCAGGCUAACCUGUCACUGACAAACAUCAACUCCACCGUCAGGGGCUUCAAGAUGGUCUUUGUCAACAAGGCUUAGACCCUUUAUUUCACAAGGUUUUACUCCUUGUUUGACUUUUCUGAUAUUAGUGUUCAUGUGAAGCAGAAAUUUCUUUUUAUUCAAGUUGUAACAUUUAAGUCUCUGAGCUGAAGUCAGAUUAUGGUGACCAGGGGGCAGCAUCAGAUUUCCGAUUACUGCUGCGACAUCGUCCAACCAUCCUCGUGUUCUUCUGUUGUUGUGGAUGAUUUCAAUGUGAAUGUGAAUAAUAUUUAUUUAUUUGAAUAUUUAUUUUUUAUAUGCCUGUGUUUGAGCCAUGAAAAUCAUUGUUGCUUACUGCAAAAUUAUGCUUUUCACUUUUCUGAAAAGUGAAAUAAAAUAAUGUGUUUAAAUCUA